GAUAUUAUGCUUAUUUAGUUUAUUUUUAGUAUUUUAAAAAAAAAAUGUCUUCAACAUCUCAAAAACAUCGUGACUUUAUUAGUGAACCAAUGGGAACUAAAGAAGUUACUGAGUUAGCUGGUAUCGGCCCAACCUUAGGCAAACGUCUUUGUGAUGAAGGAUUUGAUAAAGCAUAUGUUGUUCUUGGUCAAUUUCUUGUAUUAAAGAAAGACGAAGAAUUAUUUGUUGAAUGGCUAAAAGAGGUAUGCAAUGCAAAUAGAAAGCAAGCUGGUGACUGUUAUGGUUGUUUGAAAGAUUGGUGUGAUGCAUUUCUUUAGAUAUUGCGAGUAAAAUCAUUAUUUUAAAUUUUUCACAACAAAUAAAGAGAUUUUUAAUAAGGAUAAAAAUAUAAAAGCAAAUCUAAAUGUUUGAUGUAUUUAUUAAGAAUAUCACUGUGUGUUUUUUCUAUUAUUUUAAAUACGGUCA